AUGUGGCGAUACGGUGACGCCUUUGGAGAGAUUGACGGGAUGCGAGUGAUUCAGGCAGGCAUUGUGGACGACAUCGAUGUCAUCGACAACAUCCAAGGUGAAAAUGAAUUCUUCGUUCCGAAACGCGCCACAUGGAUCAAUGCCCUCGAUGGUGUUCGUCAGAUAAUGGAAUGUCUCUGCGUGUUGCGGCGCACACUCGCUGGGGAACGCUUCGGAUGGUGCGGCGAUCUACACUGCUGA